GAUGUGGACACAGAGCUUGAGGUCAAUGUACUUGAUGAUGUGGACACAGAAGAAGAAGUUGAGACACUUGACGAUGAGGACACCGAGCUCGAAGUGGACACACUUGAUGAUGUCGAAACAGACGACGAUGUCGAAAUGCUAGUUGUGGUUGGUGUUGAAACACUUAAUGACGUUGAUAUCGAGGACGAUGUGGAGACAGAACUUGAAGUCGACACACUCGACGACGUCGAAACAGACGACGAAGUUGAGAUACUUGUGGUGGUUGGUGUCGAGACACUCGAUGAUGUUGAUACUGAGGAAGAUGUGGAGACAGAACUUGAUGUUGAAACACUUGAUGAUGUAGAAACACUCGAUGAAGUUGAAAUGGAGGAUGAGGUUGACACAGAACUUGAAGUUGACACACUUGAAGACGUCGACGAAGAAGUGGAAGUUGAGACACUUGUGGUAGUUGGUGUUGACACACUUGAUGAUGUUGAUACUGACGAGGAUGUGGACACAGAGCUUGAGGUCGAUGUACUUGAUGAUGUGGACACAGAA